AUGGAAAACAGCGACAUCACUGCAAUAUUCAAAAAUGUAGCAUCGACUAUAGAAAAGCAAAUGAAAUCAGACGCUGUUAAUAAGAUUUUGAAAGAUAAAUCAAAGAAGUAUGAUUUGAUUAUUGUUGAGGCGUACAUGGAAGCCUUAUUGGGAUUGACUCAUGUUUUCAAAGCACCAGUGAUUCAAUUCAGUACAGUUGGUGUUACUACUGCUAUAUACAAGAUGUAUGGCGCUGCCGCUCACCCGUUGAUUUAUCCAUCAAUAAUACAUGAAACUUUAAAUAACCGUACAUUGUGGGAGAAGAUAAAAGCACUUGUCAUUGAAUAUACAUUUUCUAUAGAUACUGACAUUGAUGAUCAUGUUAAUGAAGUAUUAAGGAACGUAUUUGGUCCAGAAGUCCCGAAAUUGGAUGAACUAAGAAAUAAUGUGGAUAUGAUGUUCUUGAAUGUGCAUCCCAUGUGGGAUUCAAAUCGACCAGUGCCUCCUAAUGUGGUUCAUCUUGGUGGUAUGCAUCAGAAACCAGCAAAGGAUCUACCUAAGGAAAGGAUAAAAAUCCUAGUAAACGUCUUCUCGAAAUUGCCAUACGAUAUUCUGUGGAAGUGGAAUCAUGGAGAUGUCCCUGGACGUACUAAAAAUAUAAGGAUUUCAAAAUGGCUGCCACAAUCUGAUCUUUUGAGACACCCGAAGAUCAAAUUGUUUGUAACCCAAUGUGGUCUCCAGUCCACUGAUGAAGCCAUCACAGCAGGGGUUCCUCUCGUUGGAAUGCCGAUGUUUGGGGACCAAAAGUACAACGCAGCGCAAUAUCUCCACCAUGGCAUUGGUGUUAUAGUUGACAUUGAAACUGUCACUGAAGAGAAACUUAGUAACGCAAUUACCAUGAUACUACAAGAUGACAGUUACCGCAGAAAUAUCGUUCGUCUACGUACCCUCAUGCAAGAUCAACCCCAGACUCCACUAGAGCGCGCGGUGUGGUGGACAGAGUACGUCAUCCGACACUCCGGCGCACGCCACUUGCGCGCGGCCGGAGCAUAUCCUUCUUUUGUUGAAUAUUAUGAACUAUACUUAUGUGUUUAUGGAUUGGCAGCAUUAUUGGCUGUAGUAGCUGGACUUGUGUGUUCAGUGAGAUGUUGUAGAAAGGUUUGGAAAAGUAAAGAGAAGACGAAUUGA